CGAAAAGAGGUCCAUGCAAUCAGGCCAUAAUUACAGCUACACAAUUCAUUUGACCAUAAAAAGUUUAACUUUAGAAAGACAUUAAUAAGGUCGUCGUGUUCGUUAUAGAUGUAAUGUUAUGGCUGGAGGCAAAUCAGUUUUUUUAUUUAGCCAUCGAGUUAUCAAACAUGUGAGGAAAAUAGCCGACUUGCAGUACGGCAUUCCUCGGCAGCCAAGAGCCAAGUCUCGGUCCGCGCUCGGACCGCCAGUCAGUUCGAAAGUAGACACACGGUCGUGUAGACGCCUCCGCGUAACAAACGCACACGCGCGCUUCGUAAAGGUGGAAUUCUAAAUUCAAAUCUGACAUACCGUUGUUUUAACUUUUUAUUUCUAAAAAAGUGACCAGUGCUGUGUUUUGAAUUUUAUUAAUUGGAUUUAAAUCGGCCUGUACAUCGGACACCUGAAUUGGAUACCGAUUGCUGUAUCGAUACUUCGGUACAUAUUGGAUUGUUUAUUGUAUUAAGUAGAGAAUAAUGUUUGCGUACUGAACCGGCAAUGGAUGCGCUAACGUGGUUAUCACUCGGCCUUCAAUUCGCGGCGCUAUGCUCCAUAGUGGGGGCUCUGCUGCUGUACCUGUUGAGGAAGGUCAGGGUCGCUGAGGUGCUGCCCAUCGAGAGCGCCAAGACCGUACUCGUCACGUCUGUAGAUACGGCGCUCGGAUUACAAGUCGCCACGUACUUAAGCAGUCGCGGCUGGCGGGUCAUCGCAGGGUGCAGGACGGGAGGCCUCGGCGCCAGGCUGGCAGACUCCUGGCUGCAGGCCCACAUCGCCACCACGCCCGAAGACCAGCCUAAACCAAGGCUCGUCACCCUCGAGCUGGACGUGGCUAGAGAAGACUUACUGGAGGAAGCUGCUAGGGCUACAGCACAGCAUUUGCCCGCAGGAGAACAUGGCAUCUGGGCAGUGAUCAACACAGCGGGCAGCAGCGGGCGCGGCGGCUCCACCUGCUGGGAGAGCGCGCUGCGUGGCAACGUGCUGGGCGCGCUACGAGUCGCGCGCACCUUCUCACCGCUGCUCGCUGCAGCAGCCGCCGACCAUCCACAUGCGGGCAGACUGUUUUAUAUCGGAUUAACGUCAGACACAGCUUGCGAAAGUCUAGCGCGUUUAGAAGCUGGUGACACGGGUGAGAACAGCGCGGGCGCAGCGGCAGCGCGGUGGGGGGUGUGGGGCGCGGCGCGGGCCCUGCGCGCCGGCCUGCGCGCGCGCCGCCUGCACGUCGUGCUGCUGCACGCGCCAGACCUCGCCGCCGCUGAAAUAUACGCACCACCCGCACUCUUACAACCGCCCAGCCAACCAGCAAGUCGUCCAGAAACCCCGAGUUCGGAGGUAAGCGCGGCCACCGCGAGCUGCGCAGUCACGAUGCCGGGUGAGGCCGCCGAGUACAGCGCCAAGAUCUUACCCACCAGCGCACUCAAAGUCUUGGAGGACGCCCUCACAACGCCCUCGCCGAAAGACGCCUACUACUUGAAGGUCAAGCAGGACUCCUGGUUUACCAGAAUGCCCUCUUUAAGAGUCGCGCACUGAAGAGACAGUGCCUCACAUUUUGUACGCUGCCUAAAGUAUGUCACAACCAAGUUAUAUUCUGAUAAUCCGCACAGAAUGUUUGAACGUUUGCUUAACUAAAGAAUAUUUUUGAGAUAAGAUUAAAAGUUGUUUGUGUGUGCUUGUUAAAGUAAUAGUUAAGCCUUCGUUAUUUUGUUAAGGAUACAAUCUAUGUAUUGAUGUCAGAGAAUAUUUCUUGUCUUGAUUUUACACGUUCUCACCACGCGGUGAAGGGUCCAAAUCUUUGUCACAUCGAAUAACUAAUUUCUAAUAUUGUUAUUUUUAUGCUUUAAUUGAGUCAGUUUAUAAUUUUAUAUUUUAUAACGUUAAUGAGUCGGCUGAUUUAAUCACAAUUUUAUUCAUUGGUCUGUAAACGUUUACCUAAGUAUAUAAUCGUAGAUAUCUUCUAAGUUUCGACCCGUUAAUCCCAGAUAUAUCGAGUUGUGGGAUGGCGGACGAUGGCGCUACUGCGGUGCUUUACAUAACGAUAUUUCUAAGAGUAAUAUUCCAUGUUUUAUUUUGGGAUAGUGCCUUACCUACACGGUGACUGAAAAUCUUUGAUUGGCAAUGCAAUCUAUCAAGGAUUGUUUGGUUUCUGGGAUUUGUACAUAAGUUUCAAGCUCACGUGCCAAUUUGGAAACUUUCGUGUUAUUGAAAGUGAAAACUGUAUAUUAUACACUAAUCGUAUAGAUCGUUGAAACCAGUGUUAUAAGGGAACUGGUUUCAUAUAUUUCUCUAGUGUUUGUACGAUUUUCUGAAUCGUUUGUUUUUAUGUCGUCACUUGCGUGUUAAGCGAUAUGAGUUAUAAUCAUGUAAAUAAUGUUUGUGUUGUAUAAUAAACAUUUUGUCUAUAAAA